AUGAUCAAAAUCGUUGCUCUCGGAUUCUACGGCUCAGCCGCUUAUCUUUCCGAUACUUGGAAUCGCCUUGAUUUUUUUAUCGUUUGUGCUGGGUGUGCUGAGUAUUUGCUGCAAGAAUACUUGGGUAAUAUUAACUUGACUGCUAUACGAACAAUUCGUGUGCUUCGUCCGUUACGUGCUGUAAAUAGAAUACCGUCCAUGAGAAUUCUUGUUAAUUUGUUAUUGGACACAUUGCCGAUGCUGGGUAACGUACUGUUGUUAUGUUUCUUCGUAUUUUUUAUAUUUGGAAUUGUUGGUGUGCAGCUUUGGGCCGGGUUGCUC